GCUGUUUUGUUGCCCGCGCAUUGUACGCUCUUUCAUUGUGCUGACUUUCUAUAUACGCUCCAGUCGCCCUAUUCUGGUCCACAACAACCUAUUUCCCAGUUGCUAUUGUCCUUGUUCAGACAGCCCUACUACUACUAUUGACUGAUCUGCAUUCUCAGAAAUAACCAUGCGUAUCCGCUACCAAUUUGCGGGCGCCUUCAUCUUCCUCCUCAUCCUAGCCGGUUAUGUCGGCCUCCUCCCACACAGCGCAUCCUCUUCUAUUCCUCCACAACUCCAGCCAAGUGACAAAUUCCUCCAUGUCGUCACUUUCUUCACCCUCUCCCUCACCUUCUACUGGGUCAUCGAUACUUCCCGCCGGCGUGUACUACAUCUAAGCCUCCUGGUUUGCACGCUCAUCCUCGGCAUCGGCUCUGAAAUUCUGCAGGGCAUUCUCCCCAAUGACCGGGAAUUCGACCCAUUCGAUAUUCUCGCGAAUGUUGUUGGGAGUCUCGGCGCCAUUGGCCUGUGCAGCUGGUAUCACCGGCGCAUGUUGGAGAGGCGCCGUCUGGCCCGAUUCGGUGCGUUAGCCGGCGACGACCACGGCAAUAAUAACGAUAUCGAGCUUGGAAUCGGCGCGGAUGCCCAUGGCCAAGGUGAUAGCCAUGAGAGUUCGGGGCUUGGUCCCCAAGAGACAGGUGUCUUGACUCUGGAGCAGCAAGUUGAUCGGUGGGAUGAAAAUACCGUCGACAAGUACGACAUGGAGGAAGACGCUGAAGACGCUGGUGCUUUGAGAAAUACGAUUCCGGAUCGGGAUCAGGGCUCUUCUCCCGCUGUUGCACAUCCUGAUGGGAUCAAUGAUGGUGGUCGAAAGAAACGGAGCGAUUAACCUCUCUUAAUUCAUAUGGUGCACCAUUCGCCGGUUCAAAGUCUCUCUCUCUUCGCUGUAUACUGCCUUCCUCCCCAUUGUUGCUGGCGAUACGAACAGGAAGGGGAUCAUCGUUGAAUGCUUGACGUAUCAUGACCGAUUCUUUGCAUACUGCCUCUUUUACUGCAAUCGUCCUACCUUCCUUCUUCCUGUCUACAACCGAUCCGAGUACUCCGGUUUCGCUGGAUCGUUGAUGGUCUUUUGCAUGCGCUUAUCAUGAUUCUAUGUAGCAUAUAUCUGUGGCCGUAUUUACGUUCGCUUUUAUGCCACUUCUUUUCACCGUUGUCUGGUAUUUUUCUGUUCCAGGCCACUUUUUAUAUCAUAUUCAUUCCCAAAGUAUUGUAUCUUAACCAUCGGGGAUAAUUUGCAUUACAUGAUACCUACGAUCUGCCUUUGUGCUGAGUAUACACAGAAAUCGGAGACAGUAAAGUACCACGCUCCAGU